AAAAUGAUAUUGAUAUUGAUUUUAAUAAGUUUGGAAUUGAUUUCGCUAUGAAAUUGUUCAGCAUGGACAACUUGUCACGUAAAGAUGCUGUAAGAAUUAUAGGAAUGUUUAAAGAAACCAUUCAUGAGCCCAUUUUAAAUUCUUUAAAAAUACUUUGUACUAAACCAAAUCGACCUAUCGAAGAUCGAUUGCACUUUUCAGCUUUGAUUUUAUCGUUAGAAAAGCAGUUUGAAUACUGCAGUACUGACCAUCAGCUUAUACAAUGGCUUACAGCAAAUGAAUAUUUCUGCGUUGCCACUGAGUUCACUAUUCAUGAAGAGCUAAAAAAUGUUUAUCGUAAUGGAAUUAAUUGCCAUGAAGAGCAAACAACAACAGGGGUGCUCCUUCCUCUUGAAUUUCAGUUCCAAAAAUUUUUCGAAAAAAAUGAUUUAUUGAUUAAGACCAUAGACAAUAUAAACCGAAUUUUAAGCGAUGAGUCGAAUACUUCUCACUACAUUAAGAGAAAGGCUUGGCAACACAAACGUAAUCUGUUUCCUGCAAAUGAAAUCAUUAUCCCGUAUUUCGUUUACAUGGACGAUGCAGAAAUAAAUAAUCCAUUAGGAUCCCACGCUGAUCCGAUUUCUUUUGUUUAUUAUUCAUUUCCCGUUACUCCAGAUCAGUCUGAUAUUUUUUUAGCUGCACUAUUCAAAUCUCGUGACUAUAAAAUGUUUGGAAAUAAAAAAUGUCUUCACUCACUCGUAAAUAAAAUGAUUUUUUUAGAAAAAAAUGGUAUUGAAAUUAGCACAUCUCAGGGAAUUAAAAAGGUGUACUUUGUUUUGGGUCUAUUGAUUGGAGAUAAUUUAGGCUUGAAUGCCAUGCUAGGCUUUUCUUCAUGCUCAAGUAAUUAUUUUUGUCGAUUUUGUAAACUGUCAAAGAAAGAAACUUGUGUAAUGCCAUGCGAGGUUAAACAUAUGUUACGUAAUAGGAAAAAUUAUUCGGAAGAUGUUGCCACUAAUGAUUACAAAAAAACAGGUAUACAUGAAGAUUCAGUUUUCAAUUCUAUUCCAUCAUUCCAUGUUACUUAUAACUAUUCAAUUGAUGUGAUGCACGAUAUAUUUGAAGGUAUUUGCCAUUAUAACAUCUGCCACAUCAUACGAUAUAUUCUUGACAUGAAGUUUUUCUCCGAUCUUCAAUCUUUAAAUGAUCGAAUAAAUUCGUUUAAUUAUGGCGAAAUUGAGAUCGGGAAUAUUUCAUUGUCACCAAUUACAAAUGAUAAUUUAAAAAAUAUGCAUUUAAAGAAGACAGCUCGUGAAAUGAUGGCUUUUAUUUUUUAUUUUCCUUUAAUGGUGGCUGAUAGAAUACCUGAAAAAGACGAGGUUUGGAUUUUCUUUUUGAAUUUCCUAGAAAUCGUUGAAAUUCUUCUUUAUUUCAACAUAUCAAAUGAUUUGAUUGAACAUCUUGCAGAACUUAUUCGACAGUAUCAUCUUGAUUACGUAAGAUUGUUUAAUGAUACUUUAAAGCCAAAGCAUCACUUUAUGGUUCAUUAUCCAUUGGUUAUUCGGAAGAGUGGAGUGCCUCGUAAUUUUUGGUGCUUUCAGUUUGAAGCUAAACAUAAGGAGUUUAAAAAAUAUGCAAGAGUCAUAAACAGUAGACGAAAAAUCCCAAUUACAUUGUCUUUCAAAUUUCAGUUAAAAUUUGCUCACUUUUUAUUAAAUGAAACAAGUCCGGAAAUAGUGUCAUUUGCUGAUUGCCACAUGCAAAAUACUUGCUUUUCAGAUUUUAUACAUAAUUACAAGGUUCGACAAGGAAUAUCUUCCGAUUUCAAAAUUUUUUCUCAAUGCAUUUAUUAUGGAAAGCGUUUUAAAGUAGGUUAUUUCAUAACGCAAUCAUUAGAUAGUAUACCAGAGACUGCGUUAUUAUUCCAAAUCAAAGAGGUAGUCAAGUUUUCAGAGGAAAAGUUUCCGUAUUUGUUGUGCCAACGAGUACAAAUUAUUUCCUUCCGAAAACAUUAUGCUGCAAUGGAAAUAGGCAAUGUAAAUUCAACGAUUCAAUACUCAUCUUAUCAUUUGCAACGGAUUGACCAUUGCAGAAGCCCUCCAAUGAAUUCUCAUAAAAUAUCACGUGGCAUGCUGAUGGUUAGACCGAAAAUAAUUUAUUAAUAUCUUUGUCAUUUGUAUUAGGAUAUAA